AUGGCUCCACUGCAAGUGAAUCCUAGCCAGUAUACCAAUCUGGAAUAUCUUCUAAUCCAUACCAUAUAUGCACUUUCUUUUUGCAUCCUUCUCUGCAUUCUCAUCCUCUUCCGCCAGAUAAGGAACCAGAGUAACCGGUCAGAAUUGAGGAACCACAGAUCAGAAUCAGCUCAGGAAGACAGAGAUUCCAAGCAAACAGAUCAGCAUCUAAUGCACUCGACCAUUCCUUUGAAUUUACGACUAUCGACAGAAUCCUCCCACCGAGUCCGCGACUCUACUUCAAUGCGAUCAGCUCCCAUCACAAGCGGGUAUCUGGCAGCCAAGGCAAAGCUUGAGAACGCGAGAAAGGUGGACUUUGAAGUGAGGGCCAGGGCCCGAAAACACGAUGUCGUGGCAGACACAGCCCCAGGCGACGAGACACGCAGCAUCGUUGACGACACUGGCUCCGCAUGGAGACGACAUUCCUACCCACCACCUUCGCCUCAGGGCAGUCUGCUCAGUGAGGACUGCAAAUUUGACGGGACGGAACAUUUCUGCGAUGGCCAAGAUGCUCGAAUUGUCUGGCGGCGACGGACAUUGACGUUUGAGGGAAGGCGUUGA